AUGCACUCCGAUCCACACUUAUUGACCAAAUCAGAUAAUGGCUCGAGGUCAUCAAAAAGAGCUCUCCCAACAGAGAAACGCGAAGAAAGCAUCCGAUGCAAAGAAAGCCGCGGACCAAGUCAGAAACAGUCAGCGCAAGCCGCUUUGAAAUUCAAAUGUACCGUUUGCAUGGCUCAAAUGCCCGAUCCGAUCACUUACAAGGAUCAUUUCCAAUCAAAACACCCGAAAAACGAUCUCCCAGCCGAACUACAAGGUGUA